AUGACUCCCCCGCCUAAUACCAAUGAUCCACCUGAAUAUCAAGGUCCUCUUACAAAGAUGGGAUUGAUUACAAAUAAUAAAAGAUUUCGUGGCGAUCGGCCAUCUCCAGGGCCCCACAGAUGCUAUUUACAUUACUUGGAUAUUUUUUAUGGGUUGACAUCAGAUCCGAUUGAAUUUCGAGAACCUUGCAUUGCUUUCUGGAAAUGUAUAAGGAGUGAAGAAGGGAAAGAACCACCUCGUUGGCAACCUUUCAAAGAACAACAAUUACAACAAACUGAAA